UGAACCCCACAUUACAUUUUGGCCUAGAUAACUUUGCAGCUGUCAUUUUGAACUAUUGCCCUUAACUGAUAGACUUAAUUUUUUGAUAAAGUCUGAAUCCAUCGAAAAUGAUUUCCAUAGAAAAACCUGGUGGAUAUGAUCAUCUUUUAUAUAAAGAGCUUGAUGAAGAUUCGUUCACCAAAGGAGCAAAUUAUGAUUUCACUGACGCCCCACCUUGUGAUGAAGAGUCAGUCGUUGUUGAGACCUAUGCUGCUGGAGUUAACUACGCUGAUGUCAUAAUUCGGUGGGGAUUGUACUCAUCCGCUAAGGAAUUUGUAGGCUGGCCUAUAACUCCGGGAUUCGAGUUCAGUGGAAGAGUGAUAAAAGUCGGCGAGAAGGCAAGUAAUUUUGCAGUUGGGGACGAUGUUUUUGGAGUCACCCUUUUUGGUGGUUACUCGAAGAGAAUAAAAGUUCCCCAGAGACAAAUAAGGCAUAUCCCAAAAGAAAUGACUGCUUCAGAGGCAGCUGGUUUUCCGACUAUUGCUCUUACUGCAUGGUAUGCGAUGUUUGAAAGCUGCAAAUUGAGAAAAGGAGAUAGAUUAUUGAUCCAUUCUGUCUCAGGUGGUGUCGGGUCUAUGCUGCUGCAAAUGGGUAAAAUAAUUGGGUGCCAUGUCACUGGAAUUGUUGGAAAAUCAUCAAAAGUUCAAUUUGCAAAAGAUUUAGGUUGUGAUGUUGUUAUUGAUAAGUCAACUUGUAAUCUUUGGGAGGCUGUUGAGAAAUCUAAUGGUGGGAAAUUUCAGGCUGUAUUCGAUGCAAAUGGAACAGAGACACUUGGAGAAAGCUUCAAUCAUGUUGAUUGUGGUGGACGACUUGUAGUUUAUGGGUUUCACACUGUUAUGCCAAAAUCAGAUGCCUCAAGUUAUGGCUAUCUCUCAAUGGUCAAUUGGCUCAAAAUUGGAUGGAAUGCUUUCAAUAUUCCCAAGUUCAAUCCUAUGCAGCUAACGGAGCAAAACAAAAGUGUCAUGGCAUUUAACCUGAGCUUCAUGUUUAAGAAGGUGGAUCUUUUUGAAGAGGCAAUGAGUGAUCUUUUGAAAUGGAUUGAAGAAGGAAAGCUAAGAGUUGGUAAGGUAACACAGUAUUCUUUAAAAGAAGCUGAUAAAGCACACAAAGACCUAGAGUCAGGAUGCACAAUUGGGAAGUUAGUACUCCUCUCUCAUGAAAAAGACAUCUAAUCAGUUAUUUUCACUGCUAUUUAUAUAAACCAUUUAUAUAAUAUAGAUUUGAAGGAGAGAUUUAUAAAUAAUAAUUUGUGUUCCUUGCUUUAAAUUUAAAUGUUGUGGUUGACCUUUUUUGCCUUGAUCAGCCUAUGCCAAUCAACUCUAGCAAUAUUUUAUAUUUUUCAAAACUGGCAGUUGCUUAUCCCUAUGCAAUUUCUUUUUUAAUUUUAGCUUUAUAUGUCAAUAAGCCCCAGUAGCAUUUCAUACUUGAAUUCUAACCAGGUUUUAUGGCAUCAAAAUACUUUUCAUUUACAACUGUUAAGUUUACAAUGGGUUUCAAACUUUCAGUAUGAUGAAUACGUUUUGGAAAACUGUAAUCUAACUUUUGUGUAUUCAACAUAGGCAGUAAAUUUUAGUUCUUCUUGAAAAAUAAUUUUUAUAUUUACUAGUAAAAAGGCUCAGAAUAAGCAAAAUAGAAAAAUGAAUAGAUAGAUCAGAUUAGCUUUAUUUCUCUAAUGCAUUAGUUUGUUAGUACUCCAGAGACAAUUUUUAAACUAACAAUUUUUUUUUCAUUUAAAAAUUUGUUUAGAUGCUCUUCAUUAUCAUGGCUUUGCUAGUUCACAUCAUAAAGAAAUGCUCUUUUAAGUGCAAGUUUAAUCAGAAUUACACCCAGAAUUAUUCCGUAUAGUCGAGAAUAUUUAUAAUAGAAGCCAGUGUCAAAAUUUGUAACAAAAUAUCUCCAGAA